AAUCAAUGCACUCUUUCUAAUCAGCUUGCCUUGCUAGGAUAGGACAGGCCACACUUCUUACCCAAACACCAUGGCUCUCUCUAUGCUCACAUCUGGCUCUUCCCGACAGCUUUCUUCAUACAGCCUUGGAGGUGGUGGAGGAGGAUCUGUUAGAUUAUCUAGUGGUGCAGGCUUCAGUGGUGGAUCCAGCUUUGCUGGAGGUUAUGGUGGGGGAAGUCUUGGUGGAGGACAUGGAGUGGGCCUUGGUGGAGGAUAUGGAGCAGGCCUUGGUGGAGGAUACGGGGGUGGCCUUGGUGGGGGUAUGGGUAGCAGCUUUGUGGGUGGCUUCGGUGGUGGCUUUGGAGGAGGAGAUGGUGGUCUGCUUGCUGGUGAUGAGAAGCAAACCAUGCAGAAUCUCAACGACCGCCUCGCCAACUACCUGGGCAAAGUGCAUGCUCUUGAAGAGGCAAAUGCAGAACUGGAACUCAAGAUCAAGGAAUGGUAUGCCAAGUACAGCACACCUGACACAGACAGAGACUACAGCAAAUAUUUCAGGAUUAUUGAAGAUCUUCGGAAUCAAAUAGCUGCAGCUACUAUUGACAAUGCCAGAAUCGUCUUGCAAGUUGACAAUGCUCGACUGGCUGCUGAUGAUUUCAAACUCAAGUUUGAAAAUGAAUUGUUCCUACAUCAGAGUGUGGAGAGUGACAUAAAUGGCUUACGGAGAGUCUUGGAUGACUUAACCAUGAAUAGAUCAGACUUAGAGUUGCAGAUCGAAGGCCUGAACGAGGAGCUUGCCUACCUCAAGAAGAACCAUGAAGAGGAACUGAUGAGCUUCCGAGGGGUGGCUAGUGGCGAUGUCAAUGUUGAAAUGGACGCUGCGCCAGGAGUUGACCUGACUAAGCUACUGAACGACAUGAGAUCCCAGUAUGAAGAACUUGCGGACAAGAAUCGCAGAGAGGCGGAAGACCAGUUCAACAAACAGGUUGGAGCUCUGAGGCAAGAGAUAUCUGCCAAUGUGGAUCAACUGAGCUCCAGCAAGAGUGAAAUCACUGAUCUGAAGAGGACUCUGCAGGCCCUAGAACUGGAAUUGCAGGCCCAACUUGCCAUGAAACAAUCCCUUGAAGGUACUUUGGCAGAAACAGAACACAAUUACUGCGAUCAGCUCAGCCAAAUACAAAUUCAGAUCAGCAGCUUAGAGGAACAGCUGUUGCAGCUCCGGGCUGAAAUGGAGAACCAGAACGCAGAAUAUCAGCAGCUUUUAGGGAUCAAGACACGUCUGGAGAGGGAAAUCGAAACCUAUCGUCGCCUGCUGGAUGGAGAAGGAAGCAGUACUUUUGCAUCUGGAGGUUCCGGAUCUGCAAGCUACAGUUCUACAGUUUCAGGAGGUUCUGGCAAAGAGUCCACGAAAACCAGAAUGGUUAAAACGAUUGUAGAGGAAGUGGUUGAUGGCAGGGUUGUCUCAUCCCAGGUCAAAACAGUUGAAGAAAAACCAACUAAAUAAACACUAGAAGAGUGCGAAAAGGUCCUUCUUUUUCAUUCACAUCCUAGCAAAGAAUCCCCUCUUGGGAAUGUCAAGAAUUAUGCAACAAAUUUUGAAAGGCCUUUUUCUAAGCGUUUGUCUUUUCUUAUCACUUUUCUUUAAGCAGAGCUCAAAACUGCAUUCUGAAAUUCUGAUUUCCUGUAGCUGAAAUAGUUCAAUAAACCUUUUUACUAUUUGCAUAUUA